AUGCAAAAUGAAGACAGCGAGACGGAUGAGUGGUUGUUGAAAGCAGCGAGUUGUCACGCAAUUCCGCCUUUCCUUACAUUCUCAAAAAGUCAAAAGCCUAAACAAACAUUGACGCCCGCCCACGAUAUUUAUUCUCUUUGCUUCUUCAUAUCGAAUCGAUUUUCAGUAGGAGCAGCAUCCACGUCGACGAUUUCACAACAGAUAAAAGCUUUAGACAAUGAUAGUCUUGUUUCUGAUAACGAGCUUCUUCUUAAGUACAAUCGCGGAGGUCAGAAAAGUUACAACGAAGAGUCGACACAUAGACGGGAUGAACAAAGAUGA